UCAUCCCAAGAACAAAUAUAUUAUUGAACUAACAAAUCGUAGUGGAGAGAGUCUGUGAUUUUUGAAUUGAUAUAAAGAAAAAAUAUAAGAUUUUUCUUUAUCUGGAUUAGCAGGAUUUCUAAAAAUAAGUUGCAAAUAUUUAAAGUCGAAAACGUAAAAAUGGCUGACGUGCAACUCGCACCUCUUCGAACAAUCGGAGAUUUUUUGCUUGAAUCCGCACGUUUUCAGAUUCCAAAUAUAAAUGAUCCAGAAAAAUGGGCUAACAGAGUGAUGAAUAAUCUACUGUAUUACCAGACGAAUUACUUCCUCAUGGCUCUUGUAACAUUUCUUUUCAUAGGAAUAAUCCACCCAGUGAAGAUGGUGUGUGGGUUUAUAGCAAUCUCAAUAGCAUUUGGAGGUUUUGUGUACUGCACAAGUUCCCAGUACAAGGCAAGGAGGUUUAAGAGGGAUCAUCCGAUUGUCAGCGUCCUGCUUAUUCUGCUUGCUGGCUACAUACUCGUGUAUGCAGUGGGAGCUGUCAUAGUCUUCAUGUUCGGCAUCGCCUUUCCCAUGAUGUUGAUACUGAUGCACGCUUCACUGCGGAUGAGGAACAUUAAGAACAAGGUGACCAAUCGUUUAGAGACAGUCGGUUUGAAGCGAACGCCCAUGGGGAUAAUCCUGGAGGGACUGGGGCAGGAACAGGAAGCUGGCUCAUAGACUGGUUCCUGUUUUUUUGUUGGAAACUGAAAGAUCUUGGGGUUGGAAUAUACAUGUAUUUUACACAAGGGGAAGGGACUGGUGUGAGUUUAUUUUUACAUGUAUACAUUUCGGAACUUACUUUUAAAUGUACCUUGAAAAAUGAAGUGAGUUUACAAUUUAAACUUGCAGUCACUACUUGUAGAAUAUUAGUUCACAUUUAUAAUAUUUGUUUAAUACAUGUAUUAAAAGAGUCGUUUUGCAGUUUAUUGCAAAUAUGUUUGUAUUUAGCCUUUUGAGGUAUUGAUUUUUCUCUUUGAUCAUGAAUGUGAUAUUUUGUUAUUUUGCAAUUAUCAAUACAUGUUGAACCUUUACUUAAAAUUUUAAAAAAACUUAGCUUAACAUACUUUAAGAUGGCUUGUUAUACUGAUAAAUGGAAGUGUAUUUUUUUUAAAAACAAGAUUUUUUAAAACUACAACUUCAAGUAUUUAUUAUACCAACCAAUAAAACAAAUUGAAAACAGAUGUUUGUUUAGUAAAAGGAUUUUUUUUUGUUUCGUUAAGAAAUUGUAAUUGUAUAGUGUAAAAAUUAAAAUUAGUCCAUCAAAUGUUGUUGAUUGUGAAUUAAUGAGUAAUGUAGAUUAUUCCCUUAACCAAGCUUUGAUGCAUUUCAUAUGAUGUUGAAAUCAUUUAUGCAUUUAAACCUGGUAUAUUAGUUGUGUACUGUUUGUUGUUUCAGAACAAGUGUAACAUGGAGUGCAAUAUAAAUGGGUUAAACUCAAAACUGUCAUAAUAUGCAUGAAGUGCAUUGUAUUAUGUAUAUACAUGCAUGCCUUUAAGUUCAGCUCUUUUACUGUGCAAAUACUUCAUCUGCAUGUUCAAAUUAUUUAAGAGUAUAUGAGGUUGUCACACCUUUGGUUGAAUGAGUAACUUCAGUAAGAAAUAUUGUAGGUUAGUAGAUGUUUUCUUACCGGUAGUUCAAAUCUAGUUGUUUCAUGAUUAACUGUUUGAAUGAAACUCAAUGAUGUGAAUUGUACUUUAACAAUUUAAUUUUACUGAUGCCAUCUUUGGGCAAUGCACAUAGCAUAAAGUGAUGGAAAGUUUUAUAUAACUUUUAAAAUAGUCUUAAUAGUUGUAUUUGGUGUAUGCUUUUACUCUGCAAAAAUAGCCAAAAUUAAAACAGGCUCCUUACAUAUUUAUUAUAUAAGUGUUGUGCAUGCGUGUUUUAUAAGUUAAAAAAAUAUGUUUAAUCAGAUUAAAAAAGAAAAUUUCUAUUUAUACAAAUGUUUUGAAUGUCUUUAUGCAAUAUUAAUACUUGUACCAUGUACUUUACUUACACUCAAUUUUCCAAAUAUAGCACAUUGAUUUUUGAAUGUAAUCAGUAAACAGAAUAGUGUUUUCAUAUAGUAUAUAUAUUGUCUUAUGUUAUUAUGCUUCCAAGGAAGAGCAUAUAGUAUUCACAUUGUUGGUGAAUGUGUAGGUCAGUCCGACAAUAAGGCAGUUUUGUGGUUUGGUUUACUUUUCUCCUGAACUUUAUUAGUUAUUUGUUUACCUAUCAUACUAGCAAGUCUUUAUGAGCCCCAUGGCAGGGGUCAAACCAUAAUCCAACAAUUGUGUAGGGUAAUAUAUUGUAAGAAUUCUGAACAUCUUGAUGGGGCAUAUCACUUGGUGAAGUCAUAAUGUAGUCAAUGGGUGCAGAGAGGCCCAUACAUAAAUCCUGGCUAUGCAUUCCUUUAAUUGCCCUGGUGUCAAAGCAGGGCGCUAAAUUUCCUGUGUAUUAUUUUAUCAGUUACUGGUAUGCUAGUUAUGAGCUAGUUAUGUCUUAUGGUCAGUUUCAUUCAGGUUAAAGGGAGACAUAAUUAGCAAUUACACAAUGUUGACUUCGUCAAUAUUUUUGUUUUCCAACCAAAUAUUGUGUGGAGCAAAACAAAGAUAAACGGCAAUGCGAGUGCAUCUUGCAGGAAUUAAUACUUUGGGGCACUUUGUUGCAAAGAUAUCUCUCCAUGCUGCAACCUUUAAAGAGUUUUAACAUUUUAGCAUGGAGCUUGGAACCUACUUGUUUCAUUUGCUUGAAACUUAAAACAUUGAUAGAUACAGGGUAAUGGUAAUGUGCAGUUGGCCACUUUGGUGCUCUAAAGAAGACUUAAACUAGGUCUAAGAAGAAGAUCCGCAACAGUCUGACCUGAUAAAUGAGUAUGAGUAUUGUAUUUCGUGAACUGAUUGUUCUUUAUGCCAUAACAACAUUUUCUGUUUGACAAGGCCAAGUAAAGGGGCGUUUGUAACUUUUUGUGACAGAUGUUGAUGAAUAAAAUUUUGACCAAUGCUUUUUGUGCCAUUUUGUUUUGUCAUUUUGAUUGCAAUAAAUUAUAAAGGGUAAAA